CCAGGUUUGAUUGGUCAGCUGCGGUCGUCGUCGUGUAUAAAACACAGACAGCUCUCAGCCGCAGACUGGAGCAGGGCACGGAGCUGCGCCACAGAGCGCACGGUUCAUCCAACGAGGAAACACCUGUUACUCAUAUUGCAGCUGGAAAAGGGACUUUUGCCUGAAACACCUGAGUGACUCUGACAGCCCACAUCUCCCACUGUGUGGUGGGGCCAUGUGGGUUCUGGAUAAACUGCGUGGGUCUGUGGAGACCAGUGUGCUGCGACAGGGGGAGAAUGGAGAUAAGAAAAAUGUUGUCACGCCAACAUAUACCAACGUCCUCACCCCAGACAAAAUCCCUGACUUUUUCAUUCCUCCAAAGCUUGUCAGCUGUCCCCCAGAACCCGAGAUUCAUAAACCAAAAGACGAGGUACAGCCUUCUACUUCGGAACAAACAAUUGGAAGUGGAAAGAAGAUCAGCAGCCCCCGCAGCCCUAGACUGGUUGCUAAGAUUGCAGGAGACACUAAAAACCUACUAAGAGCUGCUAACCGCCACAUUAUACAAAUAGAGAGUGCUGAUGACAUUGUGGCUGGUGACACAAAUGCAGAUCCUCAGUCACAAACCGCUAUGUCAUUGCCCUAUGUGCCCAAGACCCAGACCUCUUAUGGCUUUGCCACAUUAAAGGAGAGUCCUCACACACGCCGUAAAGAGUCUUUGUUUCACUGUGAGGUUACCAGUCCCAUUACAUCCCCCAAUACUCAGAGGAAGACACAGGGCAAAUGUAGUGAAGGAGGGAAUCAUCUGAACCCAGCAGACUGCAACCCGUCCCACAUGAAUCCUUAUCGAUACUUUAGUGGUGGGGAGAGUGACACCUGUUCUUCUGCAGAGUCCUCUCCCUUCAGCUCACCUCUACUGUCCCGAUCAGCCUCUUUGCUAAAGAUCUUCACCCACGAAACUCAGGCAAAAGUUGUGAAGGCCAAGCGGACAUUUGCCCGUCAUAGCUCACUGUCUACAGAUGAAUGCAGCUCAGCAGAACCUAGUCCUAAUGUCCAACGACGCCUCCAUGUCCCCUCUUUGCAUGGAAGUUCAGGGGCAUCUGAUCAUGGACUUCAACGAGAACACAUUAUUAAUCUGCAUAAGGGGGGCACAGUGAGAAUUAGUGCAAAUUAUGACACAAGUACAUCCCGCUUGUUGAUCCGUGUCCUGGCUGCAGAGAAUCUGUAUGACAAGCACUUUGACAUCAAGAGCAUCAACUGCUGUGUGUCUGUUUAUCUUAACCCCGGGAAACUGCAGAAGCAAAGAAGCAACAUAAUCAAGAACAGCCGUAACCCUGUGUUUAAAGAGGACUUUUUCUUUGACUCGAUAAGCUCAGUUCAAGUGAAGAACUUAUCUGUUAAGUUCAAGGUGGUGAAUAAAGGAACAAGCCUCAAGAGAGACACUCUGCUCGGGGAACGAGAGGUGCCUUUGACAAAGCUCCUAUCAGGGCUAUAAAUCUAAAACAGGCUUUUAAAGCGUAAUGACAAGAAUAUUUCAAUGUUUGCACUGGUGUCAAAACUCAUGUUCUAGAAGAACAAAUAAUGCUAACAAAACUGACAAUCUCUUCAAGAAAUUAGUGCCCCAAGGGUUCUUUUUUCCCAAAACGUCUAAUUAUCUAUUUGUUUUCUAAAAAGAAGGAUAACUGAAAACAAUUUUUGGCACCUCUAGUUAUAACAAACCUCAUUAAAUGCUCUUGGCUCAGAGAGAAGCUUUCUGAACCUCCCAACCUGGUUACUGAACUGUUGAAUGGUUACUCAACUCCUCUGCUUCAACUUGCCAGAUUUUUGCUUGCAUUGUGUCGGGGUGGCAUGCUUUUUAUUAUUGUUGUGUUUCAUAAAUACAAAGGAUGUGAUUCUGUGAAAACGUAGCAUAAUACUACAGACAAAGAUGCUUUUGUGAGCUUUCAAGUGGCUCUACAUCCUGAUGUGCAAAUUACUCUUUGAUAUUGUUGCCAUGGUAUACACAGGUGAGAGCUGUGGACAAAUAAGACAGUCAAAAUAGCCAAAUUUACAUUCAGAUUCAAAUGGAGUACAGUUGCUUGUGAAUGCAACCAGAGUUUUAAAAUGGUCAUAAUCUCACUAUCUGUAUAAUUGCAGCCUUCACAAGGGGGUCUGUGAUUUGGCAGUUCGGUGUUAUGUGAUGAAUUCAGAAAAGCAGAGGACUCAAAAUACAGACUUGAUAAACGGCAAAUGGCAAAUAGAAUUUGUAGUAGUAUAGUGUCUGUUUGUCUUGGGACCAUUAUUCCUCCUUAGUAGAUAUUUUAUUCAGCAAAAAACAAGUUUAUGGAUUUAGUUUCAUAUGAUUUUAUUGUAUUAGUCAUACUUGCGAUUUUUGCAAUGUAUUUUGCAGCCCUAGUAAAACAUAUAUAUAUAUAUAUAGUAUUAAUGACCCUAUAUAUAGGGGUAUUUGUAGCUGUACAUUUACUACAGUGUAUCAGAAUAAAUAUGCCAGUUCAUAUAAAUGGAGAUAGUCAUUAUUUUAUGCAACCAUGUUAAUGGCUCAAAGAGAUUGACAGUGGAUGAUCGUGUUGAGUUAAAGUGUGUUUUGGAGAUGGAAGUAGUACUCAUGCCACCCUCGAUAGUAUUUCUGGAUCUCCCAGAUUCGGUGCACAUUUGCAUGAAAUGCCUGAAAAGUAUGAAACCCUAAAGCCUUACUCUGUGUACAUGUGAGAUAGUGUUUGCUGAAUAUUUUUUGCAUGAAACGGUUAAAUUUGUAUGUAAUUUUUUGCUACUGUUUUACAUAAAUGAUUUAGUAUGUACUGUAGUACAUAUUUGUGUAUUGUAAUAUACUUGUAUGUUGCACCUACAACACACCAAGGAAUCGUCAAAUUAAGAAAAAAGGACUUAUUUUUUAUAAAAUAAUAAGCAUGUGAUUGAAGAGUUUUCAGGAGCACAUGUCUGACAGACAGACACCUGGGACUUAUGCAGACUAUAGAUCUCAACUGCAGUUAAAAGUAGGAUGUCAAAUCCAUGUUUUUUGUAGCAAUGAGAUGAAAUAUCUAUUCUUCAGUGACACUAGUUGAUGUUUUUGUGACUUAAUCAGUAAUACAGUGGCAUUGCAGAUUCCUGUUUGUAUAUUUCUACUAUUUUAUGAAUGUCACUCCUGUUGUUGCCAAUGUUCUUACUACAGUUGAUGCAUAUUGUAGAUUGUUUCUAUAUUUGUAUUGUGGAGUGGUGAACUAUCUUGUAUGGAUAGUAACUGCUGCUGACUGGGCAUUUCUGUGCCAAGUUAACUAAAACUACAUAUGGUGUGUGUGUGUGUGUGUGUGCGUGUGUGUGUGUGCUUUGUUUUUUGUCACUUGGAUACAUUUCUAAGCAAAACAACCUUAUCAAUAAACAUAUCUAAAUAAUCUGUAUGUACGGGUUUAGGCUUUAGCUUGGUGUAUCUGGAUCUGUCUCUUUCAAAAGAAUUUAAGAAAGCGACAGAUGUUAUGUGCUUCUUUAUAUGGUUGUAUGUUUGAGCUCACCUGGAAGCAAUAGCUUUUAGUAUUUGUUAUUUUGGCCUACUUUGCAUUCCCAAAGUAAUGGUUGUAGCAGUAACAGUAAUUUAAUCUGAAUUCAAAAUCAAGAAAAAAAAUGUACAGUAUAUAUUAUGAGUGACAUAACCCUUUUAGCAUGCAGGGUAAGUGGUCCUUGUAUUUCCUGUAUUAUAAUUACCAAAAGACAGCCACUGGCCUAAACAAUCAUUGUAUUACCAUGUGUGUGGUGAACUGAUUCACUUUGGUCCACUGGUCAGUUGGCUUCAUUUUUAGGAUUCUGUAAAUAAGCUUAAGUUUUCCUGUUUUAACAGGUUCCACUAUGAAAAUCUGCCGGUCCUUUACUUGAUUCUAAAUUGUAUUAACUGUAUAAAAAUGUGCUCUUAAUUAUAUUAUUUUGUUGAGGUUGAGCAUGAUGUGUACUGAUACUUUUACACUGUGAUGCUCCAACCAC